UGUGACGUAUGGUUUUUUCCCGACAAAAACGGGCGUACCCCCGCGUGGCAUUCUCUUUGACGUGCGUGAAACCUGUUUGUCCAGCGUUGCUGAAUGUUGUCCUAGUGCAUUGAAGGAUUUGCAGCAUCGCCUACAGCCCCCGAAACGUGGGUUAGUGCUGCAUCUAGCACCAGCACACCAGUACCAGCAGCAGCUGUUGUUGUUUGCGCGAGUGUUCUCGUUGAAGCGUUACCAAACGAAAGUGAAGUGUAGCAUACACCGAGAGCAAGCGCAAAAGGAAGGUGUCAGCAAGAAGCCGCUAACGCGUACGGCGACAAUUUUCUAACGUAAAAAAAGGGUAAAAAGGUGACGUAGUUUGUGUCGGUGUGUGUGUGUAUGUGUGCCAGUGUGUUUGUAAGUGUUUGCAUGCCCAUCUCAAAAAGGGUUCCCCUCACGAGGCAACCUUGUGCAGCAGUUGGCCCGUUGUGCAUAUGUUUAACGGUGUGCAGAAAGGAAAGUUGUUUUUAACCGAGAGUCCUUUCGAGUAAAGUUUUUUGCAGUGGUUUCCACACGAAAGAAAGCAACAACAAAAAAAUCCUUCAACCCAUCAUUUCACCUCAUCCCGGUUCGUUGAUAGUGUGAAAGGUGCUACAUUAAGGUGUGCGCGCUGCGAUGCACGCCGAGCGUGCUUGGUGCUGAACGUGUUUGUGAUGCAACGGCAGCAGUGAAGUGUCAGCAGUGCUAAGAAGCUAAAUCAUAGCUUAAGGAUGUGCCACCGGUUGAGUUAAGGCGAGUGAGCCCACACAGCAAGGGAGGCAGUGUAGCAUUGCGACCCAGUUUGUUGUGUGCAACCGGUAAUAAAAAAAAAACGGGGGCAGUGUUUGCUUUUACCCGGUCGUUUCCUGUUGUGCUGUGCAUGGAAAAGUGUUGAAAGGGAAACGAAGCAAAGGUAAUUGUUGCCACUUGUGUAACGUGCGUGAACCUGAGCGACGAAAGAUUACCGUCCUCACCGGUAGGCUGUUUCCGGGUUUGGCAGAAUACGUGUGGCUUGCAGUGUUUGCCAAGAUUCAUGGAAAUAACGACUCAUUCGAUUGCUGCGCGGUAAAGAUAAGUUUUCCAGUUCAGCUUUCCGACGUGGAUCGUCUUGAUGCACGUGAUUGGUUUAGACAAUUCAGUUGCCGACAUUGGCCGCAUCUGAACGCGGAAGGACUUGGGCUGGUGAGUGAUAAAAUACGCAACGAGUCUUGUGGCCUGCUGGCGACCAGCUGUGCAUGAAUUUCGCUAUCCAGGCCAGAAGGAGACAAGAACAAACAGAGAAAAAAAUCGUAGGAAAAGGAGACUUCAAGUGUCCAAAACGAGAACGCUAGGAGUUGAGUGUGAAAGAAGGUCGAUGAAAGUGGUGCUCUCCUAGCUGGCCCACCUCAACGUUUGUGGUAGUGAUAGUGAACAGCGAACCAUUAAAGUCCAAUUUUAAGGCACACUGGAGAACCUUUAUUGUGUUUCUGUGUGUGUGGGUGUAUGCGAGAAUGCGAUCAACCUAAAGUGUGAUUGAUGGUUGGACAGUUUUAAAUGAUCGAUCAACGAUCGCAGGAACGCCACUUGGGUGAAACGGUGAAGAGGUACGCUUCGUUCAACCCGAUGACCAGCAGCACUGCAACGGAUUCCGGUCAAGGACAGUGAAAGGGCGCACUGGACGAGCACGAGACGACGAGUCCCUCUUUUUAUGCUGCAUCCGGACGGUUCACUACUAGACGAUCCCAAUGAAUGUGGUUGGAUUGCUGCAAAUCAUAAUAGUUACUAAAUUCAUCAAAACAGGUAUUGCCGACAAGAACGACUAUCCGCUCUACUUCGAGAAGGUUAUCUAUGAGGCGGACAUCGACGAAAAUGUGGAGCUCAAUCACAACUUUCUUAACGUCACCGCAAAGACGCACGGUGAGGCGGCCGGUGUACGAUACAAGAUCUCGAGCGGUAACAUAGGCAACGUAUUUGCCAUACGCAACACGACCGGCGCCCUGUACGUAGCCAAGGCGUUGGAUUAUGAGAAGAUCAAAAAGUACGAGCUACGGUUGACGGCAUCGGAUAAUUUUAAGGAGAACUACACUACCGUUCUGAUCAACGUACGAGAUGUAAACGACAAUCCGCCAGUGUUUGAGAAAUCGUCAUAUCGCACACAAAUCACUGAGGAGGAUGAUCGAGGCCUGCCGAAGCGUGUGCUGCGGGUCACCGCCUCCGAUGCCGAUGUCGAGCGGCCGAACAACAUCAUCUACUUCCUGACCGGGCCCGGUAUUGACAUCGAAAAUCCCUCCGACAGCAACUUUGACAUCAACAAGGCCACCGGGGAGAUAUUUGUGCUAAAGCCACUAAAUCGAGAUCCACCCCAUGGACGGGCGUCAUGGAAGUUCACCGUCUUCGCACAGGACGAAGGUGGUGAGGGGUUGGUUGGGUUUACCGAGGUGCAAAUCAACCUGAAAGACGUAAACGACAAUGCACCACAAUUUCCAAACGGCAUCGCGUACGGUAAUGUGACCGAGAAUGGCACCAUCGGCAUGCACGUGAUGACAAUAAAGGCCGAAGAUUACGAUGACGUCAACGAAGGCACCAACGCCAAGGUGAUCUAUUCGAUCGAGAAAAAUGCCAUCGAGGAAGAUACGGGUCUACCGAUCUUUGACAUCAACCCGGACACCGGGCUCAUCACAACGGCGGUCUGCUGUCUCGAUCGGGAAAAGACGCCCGAUUACUCGCUGCAGAUUGUGGCCACCGAUGGCGGUGGUUUGAAGGGCACGGGAACGGCAUCGAUUAAGGUGAAAGAUCUGAACGAUAUGCCGCCCCGGUUCACCAAGGACGAGUGGUUCGUGGAAGUGGAGGAGACGGAUGGUAGUGUGCUACCGGAGGCGCCCAUUCUAACCGUGACGGUGAACGAUGACGAUGAGAUUAACAAUUUUCAGUACAAGAUUAUUGAGAGCAGCGGCUAUGGGGCGGAUAAGUUCGCCAUGGUGAAGAAUGCGGAUGGGACUGGUAGCUUGAAGGUGGUGCAACCGCUAGACUACGAGGACCCGAUGCAGAUCAAUGGGUUUCGCUUUCGGAUACAGGUCAUCGAUAACGAUGGGAUUGACGAGAGCGACAAGUACCACGUCGACCAUUCGUGGGUGAUUGUGAAGCUGAAGGAUAUUAACGAUAAUACGCCACGCUUCAAGAAACCACACAUUGAAGCGGCCGUUUACGAAAAUGCGGAAGUGGGGAAAAAUUUGGGCACCUUCAAGGCGGUCGACAUUGAUAAGGGUGGCAAGAGUAAGAUCACGUACAGCAUCAACCGUUCCACCGAUCGCAAACGUCAGUUUGCUAUCAACCAGGAAGGAUCGGUCACGAUCCAGCGCGAACUUGAUCGGGAAACGAUGUCGAAACAUUCGCUUGAAAUUUUGGCCACCGACGAUGGAGUCCCACCGCGCACGGCGUCCGCCAUCUUGACCGUGCUGGUGAAGGACAUUAACGAUAAUGCACCGGUGUUUGCGGAAGAUUAUCGGCCCAUUUUGCUGGAAAACUCACCACCGUCGAAGAUUAUUGAAAUCUCCGCGAUCGAUAAGGACGAUCGGCUGAAGGGCAAUGGGCCACCGUUCCAGUUCCGCAUGGACCCGGAUGCGGACGAUGUGAUUCGAACCUCGUUCAAGGUAGAGCAAAGCAACAAGGGUGAUGGUAUGGCGAUCAUAUCGUCGCUCGGUUCAUUCGAUCGAGAGUAUCGCAAGCAGUACACUAUCCCGAUCGUCAUCAAAGACUCGGGAACACCGCCACAGACCGGUACCAGCACGCUUACGAUUACGAUCGGUGACCUGAACGAUAACAUUAUGCAGCCCGGUUCGAAGGAGGUGGUGGUGUACAACUACCAGGGCCAGGCACCGGACACACCGAUCGGGCGUGUGUUUGUGAACGAUCUGGACGAUUGGGACACCUCCGAUAAGCUGUUCUACUGGGACGAGGCCGAGAAUCCUCGCUUCAAGCUAGACGACACGUCCGGUAUGGUGACGAUGAGACGAGGUGCUCGCGAGGGACGGUACAAGCUGCGGUUUAAGAUUUACGAUCGAAAGCAUGCACAGGAAUCGUACGCCAACAUGUCGGUGGUGGUGAAACACAUCUCGUACGAAGCGAUCGUCAACUCGGGAUCGAUCAGGCUGAUCGGUAUUACCGAUGAGGAUUUCAUCAGGAUCUGGAACUAUCGCACCCAAAACAUCUUCCGCAGUAAGCUGGAACGGUUCCGCGAAAAGUUGGCCGAGCUGCUGAACGUGGACGUCAAGAAUGUGGAUGUGUUUAGCGUGCAGAUGAAGGAUAAAACCGUCCCACUAACGGAUGUGAGGUUCGCUGUGCACGGCGCGUACUACUACAAAGCAGUGCAGCUGAACGGUGUGAUACUGCUGCACAAGGAGGAGAUCGAGCAGGAGGUCGGCAUUAACAUCACAAUGGUGAAUGUGGACGAGUGUUUGCUGGAGAAUGCUGACUGUGCCGGGUCCUGCACCAGCAUCAUCGAGGUCCAAACGAACCCGUGUCUGGUAAAUGCAAACAAAACCGCUCUGGUCGGAGUGCAGAUUAACUCCACCGCGGAGUGUGUCUGUAGCUCGAGAGAAUACAAACAGCAGCAAACCUGCAAAUCUCACCCCUGUCUUAAUGGGGGCCGUUGCACGGAUUCAAAGUCGGGCAUCAAGUGUUCGUGUCCGCCGGGAUAUACGGGGCCACGCUGCCAGCAGGUGGUGCGUAGUUUCCGUGGUAGCGGUUGGGCCUGGUACCCACCGCUCGACAUGUGCGACCGAUCGCACAUUAGCGUCGAGAUCAUCACAACGAAACCGGAAGGUUUGAUAUUUUACAACGGACCUAUUACUCCACCGAAGGAGGACGAUACAACGAAACAGCUGUCGGACUUUAUUGCGCUCGAGCUCGAGCAGGGCUAUCCGCGGUUUCUGAUCGAUUAUGGCUCAGGUACGCUGGAGCUACGCAUCACGACCAAGCAUCCGCUAAAUGACGGCGAAUGGCAUCGGAUCGAUCUGUUCUGGGACACGGAGCAGGUGAAGAUGGUGGUCGAUUUUUGCAAGACGGCCGAAAUCACCGAGGCCGACGAUGGCAAUCUGGUGGAGUUUGUCGACCAUACCUGCCAAGCGCUGGGCAAGGUGCCACAGUUCAACGAGUAUCUGAAUCUCAACACACCGCUCCAGAUUGGCGGAGUGUUUCGGGAUAAGUUCGAUUACACCUACAACCGUUGGCAGUACAUGCCGGUUGGGGUCGGGUUCGAGGGUUGCAUUCGUGAGUUCAAGCACAACGGUAUCCUGUACGAUCUGUCCCAUCCGGGACUCUCGAAGGGCAGUGCACCGGGAUGUCUCUACACGCAGGAGGUGUGCGAUCUGAAUCCACAAGUCGCACGAUGCCUGGAGCAUGGCAAGUGUGUCGGUAGCUACGACGAGGCUAAGUGUGAGUGCAAUCCUGGCUGGACAGGAACGUACUGUAGCUUGCCCACCACUCCGACCACCUUCAAGACGCACAGCUACGUCAAGUAUGCGCUCAGCUUCGAGCCGGACAAGUUCACCACUCAGAUACAGCUUCGGUUCCGAACGCGCGAAACGUACGGCGAGCUGUUUCGCAUCAGUGAUCAGCAUAUGCGCGAGUAUGGGAUCAUUGAGCUGAAGGGGGCGAAGGUUUACUUCCGGUACAGCUUAAACACGGGCCAGGUGGACGAGCAGGAGGUGGCGCUAACGGCGGUCGAGGUGGACGAUGGCCAGUGGCACGUGGUGAAGGUGCAGCGAUACGGCUCGGCGGCUAUACUGGAGCUGGACGGCGGUGAGGGAGCCAACUUCAAUCAGAGCUUCUCCUUCGACGGCCAUCAGUGGCUGUCAGUCGACAAGCAGGAGGGUGUGUACGCUGGUGGCAAACCGGAGUUUACCGGUGUAAAGACGUACGAUGUGAAAUCUGACUAUCAGAAGAGUUGCAUCGACGACAUAAGGUUGGAUGGUAAAAGCUUGCCACUUCCGCCAGCCACCAACGGUACGCAGUGGGGUCAAGCCACGAUGGCAAAGAACAUUGACCGGUACUGCUCGUCCAACAAUCCCUGCCAGAACGCGUACUGUCCAGAUCCGUUCGAGUGUGUCGACUUGUGGAACAAGUACGAGUGCGCCUGCGGUGAUGGUAUGAUCAUCUCGCCGGAAGGCAAAACCUGCAUCGACCGUAACGAGUGUCUGGACUAUCCGUGUCUGAAUGGUGGCACUUGCAUCAACCAGGAGCCCCGCCUGAAGUACAAGUGCAUCUGUCCGGACUCGUACUGGGGCGAGAGUUGUGAGUUUCUGAAGGAACGACAAGCGCUUAAAUUCAGCACCAGUGCCUUGGCCGCCGUAAUAGCCUGCCUAUUACUGAUCAUUAUUUUGCUGUUUGUAUAUUUCUCCUGCUCUCGGCGUCGUUCGGCCAACUUCAACAAGAAACCGGCCACCAAGGACGACAUCCGCGAGAACAUCAUCAACUACUGCGACGAGGGCGGUGGCGAGAACGACAUGACCGCGUUCGACAUGAAAACGCUCAAAAUCCCGAUCGGCCCGCUGCCGGAGCUCGUCCAACAUAAGGCACCGCCCGUACGUCCAGAUAUUGCCGUCGUGUCCGACCAGGUCGUCGGCAAGGUGGACGUGUUCCUGGACGACCGGAAGCGACGCGUCGACAUCGACCCAGCCUCCGGGCCAUUCGACGAUCUGCGUAACUACGCCUACGAAGGUUGUGGGAGUACCUCUGGCUCGCUAAGUUCCUUACAGUCAGGUACGGACGAUGAACCCCAUGAGUAUAGCUUUUUAACCACAUGGGGUCCCCGUUUCGAUAAGUUAGUCAAUAUAUACGAACCAAGCAAAGCGCAAAUCGAAGAUGACGAUGUUAGUUAAAAGUAGCUGUCGCGCGGUGUCCCAGGUGUCUAGGUCCCGUAGUCGGGAAGUCCGUGUGUUCGUGUGGUUUUUGUUUUCUAGGUUUUAUUUUUGGUAUUGUAUGGCCAGGCCAGGGACGAAGCCAGGCGUUGAUGCGCACGGUCUUGUAGAUACAAAUUGCGUACAGUUGCGAGUAUAGCAAGAGAGAAAGGCAAACCCAAUAGUCGUACAUACCAUAUGCACUACCUUCCUCGUGGAGUAUCUCGUUGAGAAGACGAGGCUGGUGUGAGGCUAGGCGUUUUCGCGUAGAUAUUCUUUGUAAAAUACACUCAACAAACCCACAUACACCGACCGAUUCGGUGCGGUCUACGAACGAGUGCAGCUUCCGGACGCGAAGUUGUAGUUUUGAGGCCAGCCAAUGGGCGUGGGCGAUUAGAUAAGGACAUAUUUAAAUCGAUUUUAUUAACUUCCAACUAGCGGUUCAAAUGGCGAAGCUGGCGCUGGUAGAUCAUCAUGGUCGAUGAUGGUUGAUCCUGUGCGAGCAUUAAAUGCUCGCGCCGAUUGCCUAGCACCGAUGUAAUUUGUUCUUAUUAUGCGAACCGUUAUACUGUACAUAUUGCAUGUAAAAAUUGAACUAAACUAUUCGUCUCGUGAAAAACUACUUACUCCAUCUAGCCCCCAGGCCAGUGGCCAGGUGCGAAAAAUGGAAAACAAGCUGAACGUUCUUUAUGAAAGGACAUAACGAAGGAAGGAACGAACUCCAUAGGGGGGGUACGGUGAAGGAACGAGUGUUGAAUUAGCUAAUGGGGAAACGGGGAUGAGAUUUUUUUAUAAAAAAUAUUUUAUCAUCCAUUCGCGAAGGCGUUGUGUCUCGGCAUAAUCCUUGGGAAGGAAGGCGCACGUAGCAGCAAAGGGUUGUCAUGUUGGUAAAAAAACAAAACCGUACACGUGAUCGAUCGACCGAUAAUCCUUAUAGAAAAUUCCACACCGAACCACAAGAGAGGUAACAAUCCAUCACACACUGUUGAUGCUGUUUUAGUAUUCCCGUUUUCGUUUUGCUCAAAUGGAGGUAGAAUACUAAUGAAAUAGUACAGGUGCUAAGCUGGUGCAAAUGGGAAAAAGAUAAAAACAAAAACCCUCCCGUAGAACUUAGCACGGCUGCAUUCACGAAACCAUACACUUCUUGGUUGCGCACCAUUCAAUGAUCCUUAAUCCUCUCCGGACAAAACGGACGACCGUCGCUUCAAAGCCAACCAAAGCUACAGCAGUGCAGCACGGCACUGCUGAUGGGUGGUCAGUGAAACGACCCCACUCGAAUGGUUAAAAUCAAAAUGAAACUUAUAUAAAACUGAAAAGACAAACGUGAAGAAAUGGAAGAACACAAAAGCUAUAGUACAAGCGCGAAGCGAACCGAAAGCCACAAAUAGUCAAACAUUUACGAAACAAAACUCUAAACUCAAUCAAAACUCCCGGCAAAAGGGACAAAGGCUUAACCGGCGCAAUUUUACAAGCAAACACACUCACCAAAAAUGCCGGAAAUCCUGUGCAUUUUGGGGUUGGAAGUACACAGAGCAAGAAGAGCAGCAACAACACAAAAAACUUUUAACCGAACCGAAGCGAAAGCGAACCGGGCCAAGCUGCACAAAGCCAUGCUCUUUAUCAAAAGAAAGCGCUUCGACUCACAACUUAGAUGGGUUUCUGGUUUCUUUCUGGCUUUUAUUUCCCCCCCUUUCUUUUUUGUUUGGAAACGAACACAAGAUAAACCAACAACAACAUUCCAACCGAGUCAUAUCGGGAGGUUUCUUUUUUGUCCAUCUUAAGAACCUUUCGGACCUUUAGUUGACCGUUUUGGGAAGCGAGUGACUGCAGUCACCGGAUGAAGGUCGACCAGGGCAUCGACGAGCACGAGCGAAAUCUCUUUAAACAUUCCAGCAUCGUCUCGUUCUCCUCAAUGCAGCCGGAAAACUUUACAAUUUCCCAACCGCUUUUCACUAUCCGAACGUUCGAACGAAACUUAAACCGGAGCGACUCUAGUCACGACCACCCCGGCUCUAUCCCGGCUCAAGGAUCAAUAGAUACUGUGCCAGUUUACAAAACGAGACAAAUGAAGCCACUCACUCGUGCAUCAAGAAUAACUUGUGUUUGAUCAAUUACGAUGAAUGUUCCCUCUUUUUUCCCGCCCCAACGGAUCAAACGAGAGCGUGGAUACGGGAACCGAGCGUUCUGUUUACCAAUUUGAAGCGUUUAUUGAGCGUACGUGCAGAAGAUACGGCAGCAUUCACUACUUCAAUCGUCGGUGGAAGAGUGCUGCAGUUGCAAACCAUUUUCAUGCACCAUCUCCAUUGAAGUUCCAGCUGCGUUAAAUGCAAUGCCAGCCGACAGGAUGAAAAGAUUGGUUGGUUGGGUGUCGAAGGGAUGUCUCCCAGCAACAACAACAACUACAAAAAAAACCACACCCCUUCAUCUUUCUGUUCUGUUUGAGCAUGAAUUUACAUACCUUAUCAGAUUAUCGGAACCCUGAACGACCCGCACCCGAAGUGAUUUUCUGUUUGUUCUACUGAUCUGCAUUGAUAGUGGUGCUGCACUGUUCGGUGGAAGGAAUCGUUGAAGAGAUCUUCCGUACAAGUAUUUUAUUUACCCGGAGCGUCCAACCAACCGGCUGAAUUUCGGAGAGUUGUUGAUUUUUAUGCUGUUAUUCACCCUUCCACAAACUUUGCCUGCCGUUCGGUGUACUCAUAUCACCGUAUCCGGAUGGCCAACGAUCGCGAUGCCGGCGGGGCAGCAUCGAACGAAGGGAUUUAUUGUUUGCCUUUGCUAGUUAGAUACCGCAGCCCGAUUAUUUAAAGGAUUGUUAUUCGGUUCGCCGAACCUAUGUUUGAGUCCGAUGUGUGAUACUUGGAAGAUCCCGGGAGAACAUAUUGACGUGGUGUAAGAACUGGACGAACGGGGAGGAAAAGGAUACGAUGCGUCUUAAGCGAUUCGUAAACGAUACGAAGGCAGGUGGAGGCAGUUCGCAGUUCCGUUUCGGGGUUAUUUACGAGACCUGAUUGAAGCGCAAAUACAGUUGAUUCAUCUAAUUGUGUCCGUGUGUGUAUGUAAAUCGAAGUGGGUGGGAAUUGUAAAAUAAAUACGCAAAAACCCGAUAGUUGUAGUGUGUCUGCAGCAAGGAAAAUAAAUCAAAACAACACAACAACAUUGCCCUGGAAGGUUGUGGGGCAACUCGUUCGAUUCGAUUGCCCCGAACAGCCGAUAGGGUACAGCAGCAACCGAACCAAGGAAGGGGCUGAAUGAAGGUGAAGAUAAAAAUCAAAAUGAAAUAGUACAUACGAAAUGUGGACAUAAAUGUGUAGUGUCCAGCAAAACCUAAACCAGCAAAGCAACAAAACAGGCCAUAAACGGAGCUAUAAAUGGAUUAUAUAUAACGAUAACCAAAAACAACCGAAAACAGAACAAAAAGCAAACAGCAUCGACAGACCCAUUGGCCGGUACGAUAUUCGAACCACUCAACUGCAUUGGUUUGUGAGACACAGGCAUUAUGUUUUUGUUAGGAUUUUUAAGUAAACCAAUGGGGCAUGGGAUGACAAAAGAAAACCGUUGACUUGAAGGCAAAACCAGGGAAGAUGAACGAAACAAAAAAUCAAACAAACAACCAGACGAAAAGAAUGUGAAGACCGUACGUUGUAAAGAUAAGAGUUUAAUAAAAAACUAUUAAAUACAAAGAAAA